GAUUUGAUAAUUUAUAUUUGCUCGAUUGUAUUACUACGCAUUUACAUACACAAUUUGAAACAGGGACCUCUAUCUUUAAUUCAUAUAGAGGAUCUCGAUGAAUCGAACGACGCGAUACGUUCACCAAGAGUCUAUGACACAGGAAGCAGGAAGCAGGAAGUACAGUACAUCGUCAUAGCCACGGUUCUUUGUCCCUUGGAAUUAUUAUUCCUCGAGCGUCGUAGACGAGGUAGAUCGUUCUUUUUCCAUGUUUCAUCUACGGUGUUUGUACGCUGGUUCCUCUCCCGAUCCGCGGUUUCCCGCGUUUUCAGUCCCUGCUGCCGUAAUUCUUCCUUACUUGUUUGAAAACCUGUUUGCUCAAUCCUAUCAUUUUUCAUUAACGCUAUGACGAAUAGCUAAUUUCCAGCAUAAUUUUCAUACUUCGAAUUAAGAAAAUACAAGUACGAUUCUCGUUGCAUUUAUGCAGGAAUUUAACAACUAUCGAUAUUUAAACAGCGACAAAGUAGAGGCAAUAUACAUAUUGCGCGUUAUUAGUUAACAUUGACACGAUGCUUGUGCCGCAUCGCUAAUCGAAUUUUCGAUAAGCCAAAAAUAUCUACAUUGUUGAAAUUAAGAGUUGAUAAAGGCAAGCGAGUUUCGAAAGUUGCCGGCUUACAUUUUUCCAGAUAUACAUAUCGUACAUAUUGUAAAAUUGAUCUUUAGCAAGGAUUAAAAUACGCAGGAUUCAAAUAAAUAAAUUAUCGCGCCAAAGACAUAUCGAUUAGUAUGGUUGAUAGUACCCGUUGGUAAAAUUUUGUUCCAACAAGGAUGAGAUAUGCACAUAAGCAGUGGGUAGAGUAAUUUGUAAGAUUAUUACGAUCAUUAACGACCACUUGUACUUGUACGCUGAUUCGAACGAAUUAGCGUGGAAAUGGAAACAGUCGCGAAUUAGUGUUUAUCUAAACAACGCAAGAUUUACCUAUUACAAUUAUCAUGUACUUUACGUUAUUUAUCAUAUACAUAUAAGUAUAAUACAUCUGGUGCGCGCUGUCUACUACUUGUAGCUUCGUCAUUUAUCUCGAUCACUUUCUCAAUUACUUAACCGAUACCCACAUUCCUAAGUAGGUAUUAGGUAUAGUUUAGUUUGUCCUUAAUUCAACUACGAUUUCGAAAGAUGUAAAGGCGUUUUGUCUGAUCACUACAUACAUACUAUCUAUACGUUAUCUUUCUUGCAAGAAUAAGAAGCAAAUGUGGCUACAAAUAAUUGCCAAUUACGAUAAUUAUAUUAAAACUGUAAUAACAGAUGUUGUCUAGUUUAUAUAAUACGUACACUGUACAUUUUACUAAUUCAAUAAAAAGUGCUAAACUAAAGUUCAGUUUCAAUAUUUUCCUAAUUAUGCAACUUUCCGUCAUAUAUGGAUAACAUUCUUGAAAUGAAAUAAUCAAUAAACGGAAGAGGGCGAUUUCAAUUGAUAUAAAAACAGAAAUAACAGGCGUUACUUAUCCAUUCUAUCUAUCUAAGAAUAUGUACAAUGUAAAGAAUGAUAUCGAUAUAUAACGAAGCGUUUAUUAUUUUCUUUUAACCUUGAACAAAGAACAACUCUUAUCUCGCCCCGUCUCGAUUCUUCUUUCAACAUUCGAGAUUAAAAUCUUUCCAGUUUUCCACGACAUUGCGCUCAGUUCACGAUUAAUAAUAAAAAGCCAGAUGGUAUACGAGCAGCUAUGCUCGAUUAUCGUAUUAUCCGACCUAAUCCUCCACCGACUAAUCUUUUAAUCGCGUACACAUGUAUGUAGUAACUGAUGGAUUCUUAGAGUAAGGACAAGUAAUGAUGGUAGGUUCAAAGUUUAAUGUAUUUUAAUAAGUGAUAUUCAAUAACAAAAGGACCGACUACAAUAUCGUCGCACGUCGACUCACACUCCUUAUCCGCUCAACUCGCACUCUGCUUCUCGACUGGCCCUCUGGCCGUUGCAGCAUUCUUGUGUCUUUUGCUAGGCCCACCGCACAUGUGUUCCGCAGACGCUCGUAGCCAGGGUCACGUAGGUCUUUUCGGCGAAGCUAUUUAUUUGAAGGACCCGAUAACGCAUUGAUGGAGCCGACAGCGCCUCGGCUCUCGCGACAUUGUCUGUAGUUAGCUCGACGUUUCUUAGGCUCUUCUCCCCGAUACUACAUGUAUAAUAAUUAUCUGUGCACGGUCUCGUCCUUAUUUAUUUCUCUCGGCUUUACACGCCGCUCGCUUUGUUCCGUCUUCUUCGAGUUGUAUCGUUGUCGCGUGCGUGGAUUGUCCGCGUGGCCAUCGUCCUUGACCACGACGACGCGCGACGCAUGACGCAUGACACGACGCGAUGUCUCGAAGAACGCGGAGAUCGAUAGUUCGGAUGCUGCAUUCUCCGCUAAACGCCCCUACUCGCUGCUUUGUCCCGACGAUGAUAAUAUUAUCGUUUUAUCGUAUUACUAUCGUGACGCGCGACUGCUCUAUUUUUCGAGAAUUGCCCACAGAUACCGUGGUCAAUCAUUUAUCGUCCAAGGCCGCGUAAAAAACGUUUCAACGGACUUUCCAAGCCGAAAGUCCUGUGUGCGUUAUAAGUUAUAAUAGUAUAACGCACAAUUAUAUCGUAACAAGAAAACGAUAUAACGUACAAUUGACCAAAGACUGACGGAACCAACAGGAAACAUUCACGAUGGUAUCGGCAACUACACGGCGGACGUAAAGUGUUCCUGGUUGAUCGAGAGCAACCCAAACUCCACGAUACGGAUGCACGUGGAGCAAUUCGCGACAGAAUGCGGCUGGGACCACAUGUACAUCUACGACGGUGACAGCGUCGAGGCGCCGUUGGUUGCCGUCUUCUCCGGAUUGAUGCACAAAGAUGGCUACCACAUACGGCGCGUGCCGGAAGUGAUCGCGCGCUCCGGAACCGCGCUGCUUCACUUCUACUCGGACGUCGCGUACAACAUGAGCGGCUUCAACAUCAGUUACAAGAUCAACGCCUGCCCUAGCAGGUAUUCGCACACUGACUGUUCCGGCCACGGAGUCUGCAUCGACGGUGUGUGUACGUGCGAUGCCACGUGGACCGGUGAAGCUUGCGAGAUUCAAGUUUGUCCAAACAAUUGCUCCGAUAAUCACGGACAGGGCGAGUGUAACCGCGAGAGCCAUCACUGUGACUGCGUGCACGGUUUCAAGGGUUCCGACUGCAGCCAAAGAAGCGAUCGUGGAUUCUGGGAAAGCGUAUCCUACAAAAAUUUGUCACCGGAAGGUUCGGCUAGUCAUUGCUCCAUCGUUUGGAAGGAUUCCUUAUACGUAGUCGGCGGUGAGAGCUUUCAUCGCGCAAAAAUGAUCAACGUUUAUGAUUUCAAUGGAAACGUCUGGGAGACCCCUCACGUCGAGGGUAAGGUUCCUCUGCCUCGGUACGCUCAUUCGUGCGUACUCUUUGGCGACAAGAUAUUCAUGUACGGUGGUGUACUGCCUAAUUCUACGGUGACCAAUGAGAUCUGGGCGUUCGAUGUGUCGGCAAAAGUCUGGGAGAACGUAACGGUGCACGAUAACUUCCAUAACAACAAAACCAUACGUGGUGGUCCUUUAAAGGUAGCCGGACACUCUGCAACCUUGGUGCACGGAAAAAAAGAAAAGAUGGUGGUGAUAUUUGGCUAUUCGCCUCAGUAUGGUUAUCUGAACGAAGUUCAAGAAUGCUAUUUGGGUACUCGUGAGUGGCAAAUUGUGGAGACUGCUGGAUUCCCUGUGAAGGGUGGUUAUGGUCAUACAUCUGCCUAUGAUCCGUUGACGAAUCUCAUCUACGUGUACGGAGGAUACGUAUCGGAGACACAAAUCACACAGGUGUUAACCAGUCGACUAUACUCCUAUCAUCCUAUUAAUCGUGAAUGGAGGUUGCUCACGUCAGCGCCAUCGGCUCGUUUCUUUCAUACGGCUGUAUUCGUUUCUGGUGGCUUGAUGAUCGUCUUUGGCGGUAAUAUGCACAACGAUACGCAACAUUCGGACGGAACGAGAUGUUAUUCAGCGGAUACGAUAGCGUACGACGUUACGUGCGACUCGUGGCAUCAGUUUUCUAUGCCGAAAGAGAUGACCGAUCUGCCUAGGUAUGGACAUACUGCAACUGUAUUUGAGAAGUCCAUGUACAUUUAUGGCGGAUUCGAUGGACAGAUGUUAUCUGACAUGUCAAGGUACACACCAGGGAACUGUGAGCACUUGAUGAAUCAGAAUCAGUGUUUGAACGCAAGGACAGGCGUGAAGUGCGUGUGGGAUAAGAGAGAGAAUCGGUGUAUACAGAUCACCAAGAUACCCCGACACGUGCUUCUUAACGACGACAUGCACGACGGAAUUUACAUGAGGUGCCUAGACGAUACGCCACCUCGUGGGAUGACGUCUCACAAGGAAUUAUGCAAACUGCUCACAGACUGUGUGGCAUGCGUACAGACUUCGUACAAUUGCGUAUGGUGCGGCAAGAGUUGCUCGUACGAGAUUUGCCGAGACAACGCUAACGCACCUCCGACUAAGGCGAUCACCGAUUUGGUACAAUGCGACCUUCAUACUGGCAUAGAGUGCUUACAAUUGCACACGUGCCAUGCGUGCUCCAGUAAUCCACAUUGCAUCUGGUCUUGGUCGAACGGACCUGAUCGAUGUAAGCCGUACUCGAAGGCUCGAGACCAAGUGACGAUUUUAAACGGAACUAUUCAAGCGCAGAGGCUGUCCAUAGACUCUUGUCGCAGUCCUUGCGUAGACUACACUUCCUGUAAAAAUUGCACAGAGUCCGAUUGCAUCUGGUGUCAGAACGAGAAGAAAUGCGUGGACAAAAAUGCGUAUCCCGCGAGCUUCCCUUACGGGCAAUGUCGCGAGUGGACUACGAUCGAUGCGAAAUGUCGGCCGACGGAAACGGGGAAAGAAUGGUGCACGUUUUAUUCGUCUUGUACGACGUGCCGCUCCGAUCCUGGAUGUGGAUGGUGUGACGAUGGUUCAGGGACAGGGAAGGGACUCUGCCUGCCAGGUGGGGCUCGUGGUCCAAGCAGUAAAAGCUUGGACGCAUGCCCGUUCGAACGAUGGUACUUCACUAAAUGCCCUGCUUGCCAAUGCAACGGGCAUAGCAAGUGUCUCUCGAAUAGCAGCAUAUGUAUCCAACCGUGUGGAAAUUUGACGUACGGACCUCACUGCGAUAAAUGCAUUCCCGGCUAUUACGGCAAUCCACUGAAUGGAGCGACUUGUCAACCCUGUUUUUGUAAUAAUCAAGGCACGCAGUGUACCAGCGAGACGGGUAAAUGUUUCUGUACAACGAAAGGCAUUAUCGGGGAUCAUUGUGAACGAUGUGACGUGUCUAGCCUUUAUCACGGAGAUCCUACCAAUAAAGGAUCGUGUUUUUAUGAUCUGGCGAUCGAUUAUCAAUUUACGUUCAACUUAAGUAAAAAGGAGGACCGUCAAUACCGAGCGAUCAAUUUUAAGAAUUCUCCGCCAAAACCCGAUAUCGAUGCUGAGUUUUCCAUUACGUGUUCUGUAUUGGCUAAAAUGAACAUCACCGUGAAGAGAGGGAACACGCCGGAAAUACCGUUGAUUCUUGGCGCGAAUUGCACCACCAGCAUGUACAAGCAUCGAUUUAUCAAAGACGGUUACGGUUUCGGUAGCGAGAACAAUAAUACAUUAACCACGUUCUACGUUUACGUGUACGACUUCCAGCCGCCUGUGUGGAUUCAAAUUUCCUUCUCGCAAUAUUCCAAACUCAACUUGCAACAGUUCUUCAUAACAUUUUGCACAGAUUACAUGCCUAGGUGCUUCCUCGCUCUCCUGUUGGUGGCUGCUAUCCUUUGGAAGAUUAAACAAAAAUAUGAUAUGUACAGAAGAAGACAGAGAUUGUUCGUAGAAAUGGAGCAAAUGGCCAGUAGAGCGUUUAGCCAGGUUUUGGUAGAAAUCGAGAGGCGGGACAUCGAUAAUUCUGACUCCGAGCGAAACGAGUCCGAGUUAAUCAAUUGCCGCAAGAAGAAAAAGGAUGCCCCUAGUCCGAUCGCGUUGGAGCCCUGUUGCGGUAACAGAGCAGCGGUCCUGUCGUUGCUAGUCAGACUGCCUACUGGCGGUGAACCUUACACGCCGGCUGGUCAGAGCGCUGGUUUAGCCGUAGCAUCUGCGUUAGUUACGCUGGGUAGUCCGCGGAGGCCUUCUCAGGAAUUGACGACGAAGGAACCGACAAAAACACGAAAGUCUGCCAGCCAACACCCAGAUUCCACAUGCAUUUAGCGAUAAGGGCAUGAAAGUAGAGACUUUUAAAGUGGGUGACUAUAUGAGCCUUAGACAUGUUUCUGUGAUCUUGCCUUAGCGAACGGGCAGGACUGUUCAAACUCUUCGAACUCUGAUAGAGUGAAGUGUGUAAUUAUUCAUUAAUUAUUAUUUUCUUAAUUUUUUUCACUUUUUCUGUUCUUUUCAUUUUUGUUCGUUCCGCAACGAAUGUUCGUUUCGAUCCGUAUUUUUCAAUGUGAAAAUCGCGUCCGUCAUGCUCAACGGGUCGGUCAGUUAAGUGGUUCUACUAGUGUAUGGAUUUUCGUUGUGAAACGGGGGCCGGCCGUGUUUCGUUCAGCCGAUAUUUGGUAAGUAAAUUAGGUCCAUGAAUCGUAAAUGCACGGCAUAGCGUGUGGAAAUAAUACGCUUGACGGAUUCGAGAUUCCUUUCAUCGUCAUUUUAAUUCUUUCGUUUCUGUCGUGACGAUGUACAGUGUUGUAUAUAGAACUGUUCUGCGGUUUAUUUUUCUUCAUUUACACGUUGCGAUCGAACGGAAUCGAGUUCGUCCCGCGAUCAUCGACGUGUCUUCGAAAAAGGGGCUAUAAGAAUAGAGAUCGAACUUUGUAAUAAAGUUAAUAUUCAGCGCUGUCCUUUAGUUACAAGUUUCAGUGAAACCGCGGGAGUGGUGGCUGAAAAAAUUAUCGACAGAUAUCGGCGAACGAAAUAAUAUACGUAUCGAGAAAUUCGAUUUGCCGGAUGUAGUACGGACGUGUAAUUUUCGUUCUUCGUUUUUCUUGUAUAGUUGUGUAAAUACGUGUAUGUUGUAUAUCCCAAGUGAAAGAUCAUAAUCAUGACACACGCGGACUGUACAGAUAUAAAAUUGAUUCGAAGGAAGAAGGAAAGAAGCGGAAAGCGAGUGACAAGGAAUAUAUCAUCUUUUGUGUAUUUGUCUCUUUCUAGUAAGCGGUGAAGAAUCAAUUCUAAAUUAACGGAAAUGAAUAGAGGCGUAUCUUCGUAUUCGGUAUACCUAUUUAUCUAUUGUGCCAAAGCAUUUUUAUAUUGGUAUCGUUAUUUAAAAAAAAAAAAAAAAAAAAAAACUGGGAGAAAAAAAGGUAUUAGAACGUCAUUGAUGUAGAUAAGAAUUUUCAUUAACGAACCAAUUUUAAUCUCGAAAGAUUGUCAUUAGCAGAAGCAUGAAAGUCCAAUUUUUGGAUUUUUAUGACACGGCAGAAUUCAUUCCUUUCAUUGAUUUGUCUCUAUUCGUUUCCAUAGAGAAAGGAUUCGUUAUACGAUUGAAAGACACGAAUCAAGAAAGUUGUCCAUUUUGCGUCGAGAUCUCUUUCUUUCAAAUACGACAGCGUAAUUUCGAUCGUAUAACGUCCAACAUAAUUUUAACGUAAUAACGAAGUGUGAGAGGGAGGGGCGGAGGAAGGAGAAGAAGGAUGUGGAUGUUGCAAUAAACUGUAAGAAUCGCGGUUAUUCUUCGGUCGACGAUAACGGUUUUCGUUUCGCUACAAGAUGGCAGUGCUGGUUGUUUCACGUACCAUGCCUAAAAAGCAGCGUUCAGACGCUCGAUAUUGUAAUCAAUAUUCGUAUGUGUCGACUACAAUAUCGAUCGCGCGAACGCUUCUCCUUAACCUUAAAUAAGUUUAAAACAGAUAGAGAACGAAAAAAGACAAACAAACGUAUAUGUUACGUGGCUGUGGUUUAUUUUUCAUUUAACUAUGUAUUAUCGUUCUUUCAUUUAUAUUACCGAUAUAUACAAAUUUCGUAUAUUUUUUGCGUGGCCAAUAAACGAUAGCUGCUUCCGUUCUGAAAUUUAGAAUGAUCUCACGUUCUUACUUUCUGUUCUGAAUAUGGAAGCAGCUCUUACUAUCACGUGUUCCAUAAAAAAGAAAGAAAUUAUUUUGUGCAUUCUGCCGUGCAAAACAGUUUCUUAUAACUAACCUAUAACUUAAAACUCCAGCUCCAGCACUUGCAUAGCACACACAGAGAAUAUUUGCGUAUACGCGUCGUCUAUUUUAAUCUCAGCUCCAAUAAUAGAAUUUUUAAUCCGCGUGCAAUUAUUUUAUCACAUUGUUCGUAAUAAUUACGGGAUCUCCUGCUUGUUACACGGAAUAAGUACCAGAAACGAGAGAGAAAUACCGAAUAUAGGAUUAUCCGCUGUAGAACUUUUUAUUUAAUUUUCUUUUUAUUCGCGUAGUCGAGAUCAGCUUUCAAUGUUCAAAUUUACUACGGUUAAACAGAGGAUCCUGUAAUUAUUUUGUGCAUGGUAUAAGACUCGAGUACACCAAGAGUGUCGAUUUAGCAUCUUUAAGUUUUGGUCGAACUUUCUUUCAGAGCACCAAACAUUUUUAACCAAUUUCUAUAUUUUUUGACAGUAUAUCACGAACACAGCGUAGAAGUAUCAGUUGCGAAUCUAAGAAACAUUUCAAAUUUAAUCGAAAACUAAUAUAUUUUCUGUUUCUUUUAUACACAUCUCUACGGCUAAUACCAGAUUCGCCAGCUAUUUUGUUUCUAAUGAUUUCUUCUACAUUAUUCUUCCCGCAUUUAUCAAGUUCCCGAGAUUUAUUCAAACUCUACCUCGACGCUAUAAUUUAUUAUUUCGCGAAUGCAUCCUUGUGUUAAGGAUCCAACGUGUAAUUCUUAAAAAUAAAUUUCCCAACUCCAAAAUUAGUACUUUUAAUCAUGAUUUGUUGAGUUGAAUCGCGUUAAAAGGUAUAGACACCGGUGAAGAAUCUUUGGUGUCCGAAAUCGAGGUUUAGCCUCGAACUUUUCACAAAGAAUACGAGUGAUGUAGGCGUUUUUUUCGUCCUUUUUUUAAUUUUUUUUUAUUUUAACCGUUGUAUAGCACAGGAUCAAGUGCAAUGCAUUACGUUUUACCAUGUAAUACUCAUCGAGUAUCUUUCAUUCUCUCUACUAUACUCGAAGCCUUUUAUUGUGAGGGUGCAACCAGACACUAGCCAAUACGUUGUAGAUGAUUUAAAUUGUGACAAAGUUACCCCCACUGUUCUCAAGAAUCGCUAUUACCUUAUCAGAAAUAGAGGAUAAGAACUAUUUACUCUUAUCUCUUGAUCGUGCUCUGGUUGCACUCGUAUAGAGAAUAGUGUACAUUUUAUUACCGUAAAGAUAAUUUAAUUUUUUAUACGACUGUUUUAUUUUUGUUCUCUUUCUUUUCUCUCUCUCUCUCUCUCUCUCUCUCUCUCUUUCUUUUUUCUUUUUUUUUCUUUUUUAACAGAGUAAUAAAAGCGGUGAACUUUCUUUGUUCUGCGCGAGAAUUUAGUUGUACAUAAUACGAGUAUAAAUAACGUUACAUUAUAUUUAAUGAAAAUAGGAGUACAUAUAUUGGAUAAAUUGCUCAACUUUUGAGUAGAUCCAUCUGUAUUACUUUCGACGAUAGUUUUCUCUUCUACCAAUCCCUUUUCUUUUUAUAUGUAAAAGUUAAGUUUCUGUUCACUCGAGGGGAAAGCAUUUAAUACAAUGCCAAGAAAUAUACAAGAUGAGAGAAAUAUUCGUGAAAAAUCACUAGAGGACGAUGCUUUGGUCGAUGAAUAUUCUUCGCCCCCGUUCUCUCCUUUUUUAUUCACUGCAUUUGUCGAGCUGUCUUGAUACUGCCAACCUUUGUCUAUUCCUUACUUAACUUCUACGAUCUAUCCGUCUUCGAACGCAAAAUGCCUACCAUUCAUUCACCCGUUUAAUCGUUGGAACCUGUUACUGCUAGGAACUUUUCUUCGGCGCGUGGUUACCAGGCAAAUCUUUGUCUCGAAACUUUGUCCAUGUAUUGAAAGUCGAAAUUGAAAACAAUAUUUUUUUUCUUCUAAAGCCAAUAUCUUUGAAAAAUAAUGGAGAAAUUACGGAUAAUUACGGAUUUUGCUGUGUCGUGGCUUCUACUGUACCAAUUGAGAGUCAAAGACAAUAUAACGAUAGCGAGAGAAGAUCUACAAAUGGUCUCGGAUGCUACGACUGACUUCAAACACGCUAUAGCUUCGAAAGUCACAGAUGACAUUCUUGAUACUUGAAGCAGCAAGAGGGCUAACUACGUAGACCCUAAACUAGGACAAAAUCGCACACCGUUGUUGUUCAUACACGUGAUCUACUCUUCUUUAAUUCAUCUAGAGACUUAACCCUUUAUUACUACUGUAAAACGAAGAUAUAUUUCUUUUUUAGCGAUUGACAUUAAACGUUUAGUUUUUAUAGAAAAGAAAAUCGGACAUAAACGAAUGACACACGAAUGCAUGAAAUAAGACGUGAAAAAAUUAAAAGAUUUUCUGAAACGCUGUUGCUCGGUUUGGUUUUUAAGUGACUCGUCAGUUUAUCGAUAUUAUCGGUUGAUCGAUUACGUAUUAUGCAAAGAAGUUUGCACUCGAUAGGAGAAGCCAAGGGUUAAUCGUAGUAUACCAAAGAGACAGAGACCAUGGGAAAAAAAGAGAAAGAACGGAAUAGCGACGAUUCCGAAGAACGUUGUUCGGUUAAUGCGUUCAUAUAAUUCAGUCAUAGCGUAUGUAAUAAACUAGACCAAAUCUCUUAGAUCGUUAGUCCGUAAGGACAGCCGAUUAUAGCGUUGGACGUACGCAGGAUAAAUUCCCAAACGCCUUCGAGUUCUCUCGAAAGUAGAAAACACAGAGAUAUCGUCAUCGUUUAACGUCAUCGUGCAAUGUGUCUCGUAUUGAUCCUUGGACGAAAGAAACGCGCGGUUUAGUGUUCAACGUUUUUAAAGGAAUAUCGGAUGGAGAAAUGGAGUGGGGAAAAAUGACGUAAUAGAAUUAUAUUGAUGUCCGUCGUGGGAUUUUAAAGGGAUUGCGAAAUUUUCAAGAGACAAGAUCCGUAUCUAGGGCCUAGGUUAUGGCGGAUCUGUGCACGGUCUAGGAUUCGUAGUAGCUCUUCGGGACUUUUGAGCCGAGGUCUCUAGAACGUUUAAGGCAUCCAAGAUACUUGGAUCUACGGGAGAGCUAAACUUUGACAUCUUUCAAAGUCUCUAGGAUCUUUGUAAUCUUCAGAAUCGUUAGAAUUUCUGGACUAGAAUAUCGCUGAGAUUGGUAAGAUGCUUCUAGGAUAAAUAUGCUUCCGUUCUAAACAGAACGUCAAGGAUUUCGACUACCUGUAUAACUCGUGAGAUUUCUAUGAUUUCUAGGACUUUUCUUUUUCUAAUAAUCGUUGUUAAUUAAGGAUCUCUAGGAUUUCUAAAACUUGUAGGAUCUUUAACCCGAUGCUAAAGCUCUUAUUAUCCUUGAAACGUCCUCUAGCAACAUAAAGAUAUCUCUGGGAUUUCUUUCCAACAUCUCUAGAAUUUUUACAUUGUCGAGAGAACCUAGCUAUAUGUAAAUACGCGCAUUUAGAUCCUUGAAAAUUGAAAAGACGACGCGACAUCGAUAUAUUAUAAACACGAUUGUUCGUCCGUUACAGGAACAGGAUAAAGAACAAAUAAUUCAUAUUCAUUUACCAUAUUCCAUGUUUUCUUCCUCCCCUUUUUAUUCUCUUUCGAAGAUGAUCGACGAGAUUGAUACAAGAAUUUUUAUUCGUAAGCUCGCGGUCCAGCCUCGAACCGAGUUUGGCAUUUAACGUUUAAGAAUACUUAACUUAGCGUGUAAGUACGAUAGGUAGGUAGGUAGGUAGAUAGGUAGGUAGGUAUAUUACAAUAACGAGUAUAGCUUGCAACAACAAUUUUUCUAGGACACAAUUGAAAAUAUUUAUUUUUAUUCAAUCGUAAGCGUAAGGGUACUGUUUGAUAAAACGACAAAAAAAAAAUUAAACGAAAUAAAAUGAAAUAAAAGAAAGAAAGAAAUAAACGAAAGAAAAAACGGUGAAACAUUAUUAAUUGUAAGAGGGAGAAAGCGAGAAUGCGGUAGCGAGUAUACGUUAAAAUAAAAGUAUAUACGUAAUACUGUGCAAAAGUCCAGAAAUCUAGAGACCAUCCGUUAAACGAAAAUGUUUCAGCGAUAUUUUAUUAGAAACUGUCAGACAUCCAUGACUUUUCGAUUAAAUCGUAAAAGAAGAAAAAAUGUUGUCAUUGUUAAUUAGUCAAGCAGAUAAUAAUUUUCUGCGGCAAUAGUUGUUCACGUAACAAAUAUCUCAAAAAUGUACAUUUCUCUGUCUUGUUAUUCUUCGAUAUGUAAAUUAAAAUAGAUAGCGUAGGACUUUUGCAGGGUAUUUUAUUUCUAGAAUUUUUCGCGUGUACAGCUCCGUUUAAAUCAUCGUACACACAUACAUAAAUUAACGAACGGAGAAACGAACACACCUACGACAACACAUAGAGGAUAAGAGAAUCGUUACUCUUAAAACACGUGUGCUCGGCGUUCCUGUAUAUGUACGUGUAUGUUGCGCGUAUGAUAAUUGAGUCGGCGAUACAGAUUGUGUGCAGGAUGUUAUCAUUGCCUUGUUGUCAUAGUUCUCAUUAACGUCAUCUGUUAGGAAGAGAGGAAGCACUCCAAUUGUCAGAGUUCAGGGUCUUACUGGCGUUGUAAGUGGAAAUGACCCGUCACUAGUCCGACACUAUCGUCCUCUCUCUCUGCAUACGUUUCGAAGAAUAUACAUACAUACGUAUAUCGAAUAUUUUGAAAUUAUUUUAUAGCGUUUUCAAAUACAUACAACUGUCGUAAAAUAUACAUAUGUAUUUACAUACUGUUUUUUUAUGUUAGAUAAAAUGCUAAUAAAUUUAUUUAUCGUAUACCAGCAUUUUGAUAUAUUUUAAUUCGUGGAAAAUUGGUAAGGCGAAGCGGAACAACCGCGAAGAAUUUCCAUCUGUAUUGUUAAAUCGUAUUGUUACAUUUUAUUUCAAUGUUCCAGUUUUCCAGACACGUAUAUUUUUAUUCUAAAAUUCGGAUAAACUUUGUCUCAAAGUUCUAGGUAAGGUACUUUCUCUUAUUUUAAAAUUCUAUCCCAAAAAGGGAAUAUAAAUGAUUAACUUUUUCAUCGAUCGGGAAUUCAAGUGCGGCUACACACGGAUCGACUGGCGAGAAAUUUUAGUCAAACCACAUCUACGUUAGGCAGCCACGGUUGAAACGAUCAAGCCGUAUAACCAAAAAUAGAAGAAUGCGCUAUUUUUAGUCGGCGGACUAUACAAGUCUUGAAUAAUUUCGAAGUUGCCUAAUGUAAACGAAAUUAAGUCGUUCCAUGCGAUAGGAAAAAUUUGGUCGACCAGCCGACUCGACCAAUUGCGCAACCAACUGUCCGAUCAAUUUAGUUGACCCGUGCGUGUCCGCUCUAAGACUGCAACGAUACGAGCCUCGAUCAAAGUCAACAACAGCGUCGUAUCAGAGAGAUUAAGCGGUUAAAGUUAAGGAAAUAAAAUUACACCAUUUCCAUUCGCUAUAUAUUAUCACACUCUAUAUUUCAAGUUAUAUAUUUUCUUUUCCCAAAAUUGUAAUCUACCAAAAGUUAUCGAAUUUUCUCUCUACGGUGACGUUAAAGAGAGCAAAUUGCAAACUUUGAACUCUCUAUAUUAUUCGAUUUUGCUUUAAAUUUUUAUUCGACGUAUCUUUCAGAAAAAUCUUUAUUUACCAAAGAUUCUCUCAUCUUCCCUUCCAAAAAAAAAAAAAAAAAAAAAGAAAAAAGAAAAGAGAAGAAAA